AUGCCUCCUGGUCUCGGGAAUAAGAACAAGGGCAAAGGCCGCGAGCCUAGAGGUUCUAGAAGCCGGAAUACCACACCCAGUUCUGCUCUCAGUGCAGGCGCCAGCACAGUUACCGGAAUUGGCCUAUCUACCGGCUAUCUUGACAAUGAUGUCUCCAAGCUCCUCGUCCCGACCGGCGUGCAGUAUUCCGAUGUUCUUGAGAAAUUUGGAGGUAUCGGUCAGAUUCCGGACCAGAAAAUACUUGAAUCCCUUGUGGAUCAAUUGAAGAUUCUCGGUCAGCUUGCGGAGACUAGGGAAGAUGCUUGCAAUGCCGGCAUGAGAGAGCUAUCACAAAAACGAAAGGAAGUGCUGGAAGACCAGAGAGAACGGGAACAAGUGGACCGGGACGCCGAAGAAAAGCUACGAAUGAAAAGAGAGGCAGAUGAUGAUGAAGACGAAUCACGAAUUCUUAAGGGAGGUAGGAUAAAAAAGCGGAAAGAGAAAAAUGUUCCCAAGGAGGAGAGACCGCUCUCUCAUGGUGCCCAUGGUGUUGCGAGACAGGACGGUCCUGAAACUAAAGCCGAUGCAUCACAUAAAAGAGGAAGUAAAGAAGCUCCAGUGGGUUCACCUAAAAAAGCACGAAACCAACCGUCGAGCGCAUCGUCUUUGUCUCCACCUUCCUUUCAUUCGCCUCCUCCUGCUACUGCUGGAUCAACUGCGGGAAGCCCUGAGUCUGUUGAUAGUUCGGAAUCGCAUCAACCGGAACCCGCUCCCGCCAUCCAUCAAUAUCAGGUUUUCGGGCCCGACCCUUUACAAUUCGAUGACCCUACAGUGUACCAUAUUCGAGAUAUCACUCCCAAUAUGUCGGCUGAAGAGAAGAAGAAAAUAUACAGCGUCGCAAGCUUCCCGGAAUCGGACUUGAAGCAUUUAAUGGCCGGUGAGCCGCCAGAUAAGGAUUUUAGCAAUGCGAAGCCUACAAACCAAGUCAGCGCCAAUACCUUUGCAACGUACCUAGAACCAUAUGUUCGGCCCCUUACGGAGGAGGACAUAGCUUUCUUAAAGGAAAAGGGUGACCGUGCCACUCCCUUUUUAAUGCCCCGCCGCGGGAAAAAACAUUAUACCGAUGCUUGGGCCGAAGAGGAUGGCUUAAAUAUGGACUCAACAAAUCAAGAUCGAGACAAAUUACCCCUAAACCAGGGUAGGGGUAGCAUUGAUCAGAUCACAGAUGAGACUUGUGAGACCGACCAGGUCUCAGUCCCUCCUAUGCUCAGUCGAUUAUACUCUCUUUUACGUUUUGAGCACCGCACCCUUCCAGAUGAUGCAUCUCAACCUGGAAACGAAGAGUCGACCGCAAAUGGAAUAUCAAAUGUUGACAGUGCAAUGGACAUUGACCACCCAAAUGGGGACACGGAGCCAAAGCAGCUAAGCUCAGCUACAUCGUUCCCUGAGUCUUCACUGAGCGGGUUCAAAGUUCCGGCUGCGAAGUUAGACCAUGCCCAGCUCGAUGAACGACUGAAGGCCGAACUCCGAUAUAUCGGCUUCCUGGGGCCUGAGGACAAUCCAGAUUAUGAUGCCCAUUAUGACGACGACAUUGCUGAGCGGCUCCGCAUCCUUCAAUCAGAGCUUAAGAAACAGAUGAUUGUUAACGGUGCACGGAAAACUCGCUUGCUAGAUAUUGCUCGUGAACGGUUGGCUUACCAGGAAUACAGCACUAUCCUCGACGACUUAGAUACCCAAGUACAGCAAGCAUAUCUUAAACGGACUCGUACCCUAGGCAAGAGCAAGAAAGGCUCUCACGCGAAACAUCGACCUGGCGGUGCAGGCGGAGGCAGUCAUCCGGUUAGCACGGCCGGUGUAGGCAGGCCUGGAAUCGGCGACAUGGCCCGUACCCUUAUGGACCGUCGCAAGAGAUGGAUCGAUUGCAUUGGCCCGGUCUUUAAGGACUGUAAGUCUACUGUGCCUGGCAAAGACGAGACUGUCUGGGAGCCAUUGGCAAUGGCAGACUUGGAGAAAGCGGAAUUGGAAGGAUGGGACGAAGAACAGGAGUGA